CUCGACUGGCUCGACUCUGGCGAGUGGCUUGCUCCGGACGAGGCGACGGCGGAGGCGCUCUUCCGCGAGGUGGACACGAGCGGCGACGGCUUCAUCGACGUGGCCGAGCUGCGCGGCGCGCUGGCAAAGGCGGGCAAGGCGCCCUCCUUCGAGGAGGUGGAGGCGCUGCUGCAGACCGUGGACGCCA